CAGGUGCAACAUUCGAAAAACGAACGUACCCGCUGCCAAGUUUCUUCUUUCUUUUGGAACCUUCCGAAACCACAGGAAGAAACAAUAAAUAAUCAACAAAAAGAGAAUAACAGAGAGUCAAGAACCACCUCUCUCUCUCUCUCUCUGUUGAUUUACAUUCCUCACAUCCAGUUCUCCCUGUGGUUGCUUAUGGUGUAUUUUUGUGCUGUUACUGAAGUUUUGACAUUGGGAUAUAGCGACAUUUUGUGGUUUCUGACCUGGGUGGGUUCCAACAAUGCCAUUAUUAAAGAAAAAGCCGUUUACUUUGCUGGAACCUCCUAAGGAUUUGGAGCCCAAUGAGCUUGUAUACCAAGUUCGGUUCACAAAAGAGAUAUUCCGAGAUUAUGAAGUAUAUUUGAACCGGAUAAACUUGUAUCGCCAAAGAUUUUGGACAUGUAAAGUUAGUGGAAAAUGUAACUUGACUUAUGAAGAGGCAUUAGUUUCUGAAAAACAUGCAGCUGAGAAGGUUCCAGAGAUACCCAAAGAGCUCAUGACCCCAGCACUGCGCACCAUUCAGUUUAGUAUGCUUUCGUUAAAAGAUCUUGCAGACACUAUAGCAGCAAAGCUGCAGGAACAUUUGUUUGUAGGGGCAGAAUUGCAUGGAAAGAGAAAGAAAGGUGAUCUCUGCCCUUGCAAGAUAUUAAAGGUUUUGGAGGACAGUACAGUUAAAACAAAAUAUGAGGUAGCAUGGCUUGAUAGGAAUAAAAUAGUUACAGAAACUGCAGUAGUGAACCGAGAUGAUCUGAUAUGGAAGAAAUCCCCUUUCAGUAGGAACAGUUUGAAGCCUUUUAUUCGGAAAUCUACACGCCAAAGUUUUCCUUGGGUGCUUCAUGAUAAACUGGCAGAAAAAUAUCAAAUAUCAAGGGAUCCACCGCAAGAUCUAAAAGUCAAAGUGUUCAUUCAGGAUGGAGUAGUUUAUAAUAAAAGAAAGAAAGAUGCAAUGGAGGUAAAAGACUCUGGAAAACUUAAGAAGAAAAAAGUAGAAGCUGAGGAAGCUGAGGCCACCAAGAAAGAAGAUAAUCACCAAAAGGAAGAGCCUAUCAAGUAUCCAAUUGAUGAUCUUUUGGCGCAGCCUGAAACAGAUGAUCCAGUCUUUACAGUCCGCCCUUUGCCUUCUAGGGACUUUAAUGUUCCAAUGGAUUGUGUUGGGGAUCUUCUAAUGGUUUGGUAUUUUUUAUCCUCCUUUAGUAAGCUGUUGCACUUGUGGCCGUUCUCUCUUGAAGAUUUUGAAAAUGCCAUUUGCUGUAAGUGUAGCAAUGUGAAUCUCAUUGUCGAAACACAUUCUUCUCUUAUUCGGUUACUAAAAAGUGAGAAAGAUGGAUGUUUUUCGUCUGUUCAGAAAAGAACCCGAGCAUUGAAGAUAACAUUAACUAAUUGGACAGACUAUCUGUGUGAUUUCUUAGAGAUCAUCAACAUCGGUGAUUUAUCCACUCACAUAACAACAAUUAAGCGGGGGCACUAUAGCCUUCUCGAUGCUCAGGUCAAAUUAGGAAUCUUAAGAGAAUUGGUUAAUCAAGUCCUUGAAACAGAUAUUGCAAGGCAGAAGUUGGCUGGGUAUGUUGAAGAGCGGCAGGUACUCUUAUCAAUGAAGAGGGGGGAAGCACUGGAGGAGGGCAGGAAAAAAAGAGAAGAGAAGGAAUGGUUGAAGGCCAAGUCUGUUGAUAAUGGAGCAACAAAUGGGCAUGGUUUGGAUAGCUCGGGAAACAAUCAACCUGUGUUGUCAAAUGGGAAUCACAUUGAUCAGAACGGGCAGAUUGCAAAAAACAAGGGAGAAGCCUUUUCAACCAGACCAAACCAUGCAUCAAACAACAGUAGGCGUUUGGAGAUUGAAUCAAAGAAAACAUGCAAGAAGAAGAAUAUGGGUGUGGAAAGCCAAGCAGAAAAGGGGAUAGAUUUAACCAAAAAAGAAGCAUUGCUACUGCUGAGGGAUGAAAAAAUUGCUGCAUCAACUUGGAGCAUCGAAGAGCAAAGGAGAGCAUAUUUUGAACGUGAGCUAGAGAAACGAAUCCUGCACACCAACUCUCUGGGUAAAGACCGAGAUUAUAACAGGUAUUGGUGGUUCAAGCGUGAUGGGAGGGUUUUUGUUGAGAGUUCUGACUCCAAGCUUUGGGGCUAUUAUUGUUGCAAGGAAGAGAUUGAUGCAUUGAUGGGCUCACUGAACCCCAAGGGUGAGAGAGAGACUCUUCAAAAGCUGAUGGAGAAUUUCUACAGUAGAAUUUGCUUGGAACUCCAGAAGAGAUCAAAAGAUUUGGCUACCAAAAUUGCAUUGGAAGAAGCUGUGCAUAGGAGAUCUGCACGUGUCCGUGCUCUACCAAGAGAAAAUCCUGCUAAUGCUUUUCUCAAUUAUGUUAACAGGUGGAAAGAAGACUGACACAGUUUUACGAUUAUAUUCAAAGGCUCAAUCUCUGGUCGAGUUUAGCUUAGGUCCUAUACAAAUAUUUUAAGGUCGGAAUGUGGGAUAUGUGAGAAUAGUAGGUUUUUACUAUGUUGUCGGCAAUUCAUUAUUUUGUUGGUCGGAAGCUUGAGGCGAUGAGUGAGGUAGGAGUAAUGACAGGGACAGGGGUAGUGGCCAACAAGAGAACAUGGAUGGGAGAGUAUUUUUUUUGUCCAUUCCCUCUUUACAUAUGACAAUCUUGUAUCGACACUAGCCUCAAUUUUUGUAGAUGGCAUGCUUUACCAUGUUAAGACAGUUCUUUCUCUAUUCAUUGUUUUA